AUGGCGAUUCGGCUGAUCCUUUCCGUCGGGCUUUUGAGCAUCGCUGUGCGUGCCUCAUCUCCGGAAACCGCCAUCGCCAUUCGCGCCAUUGACUGCUCUCCCGGGUCAGAGACAGGACUCAAGCCCGAGUGCUGGGCUCAGUUGAACGUGUCAGACUAUAUCACAAAAUGGCUGGCUGAGAACGGCACCAAGGCUGACUGCGACAACCUCGGAUUCGCCCAGUGUUUCCUGGCUUUUAAUGGUUACGGUGGCCGAACUUGCAACGCCCUCACCCGUGAUACGUGUGCAGCUUUUGAGACUGCUGGUGUCGAUGCCGCUUACUCCUCGCCGCAACAAUUCUACACUCUUUGGAAUAUCUACGCCAUCUCCCAGUUCUUCAACCAGUUCUCAGAGGCUCUUUGGAAUGGCCACACACUCGCUGCUGAUACGAUCGGAGACAUCGUUGCUACUGUCUUCCCGUCUACCGAUCCUCAAGUUCCGAGCAACUUGUUGUGGACUUCAAUCUCUGGUGGUUUUUGGAUGGCCGCCGUUGGCGCUUUUGCCAACCCCCUCCUGGCAGGAGUCGCCACGGGCAUGGCAGUUGUCACAGGAAUGAGCUCCUUCUUCAUGUCCUCAGUAGCAGGCUCUUCCAACUCACGCUUCAUCACGCUGGGUGAGAUCGGCAGCAGCCUCGCUCAGCUUAUCAUCGACUACCAGGGUAGCCUCGAAGGCGCCUUGAAGGAGCUUCAGGGCAACAGUACCCUGUUCCUGGCCGCGACUGAGCCUGGUGGCUUCAGCCAGCGUGCCGUGACCAGCUUGAACCUCCAGUCCACCGAGCUCUAUCACGAUCUGCAACUCUACAUUCUCUCUCUGUCUCUCAAGGCCAACGGCAUCGUGUCCACUCGCUCAACUGGUGUCAAUGCCCUCGACUACGCACCCGACACCAACGGUGCCGUCUCAUGUCCCGGCCUCGGACCCGCAGGGAACUGCUACCAAUUCUGGAUCGACCCGGAUACGGGUGACUCGUACGCGCUGCACAAUCCGAAGGAUUGGAAGAAUGACCAUGUCGAUGUCCUCAAUAAGAUUCACGAUAAGAGUUGGGCCAACCUGAGCGAGAUCUUCAAGGUCGAGGAUUGCCAGGGUAAGGACCCGAGCUUCGACGGAAAGACCAAGGUGACUUGCCUGGCAUCGCACGGCUUUUGCGAGUGGAACUACGUCGAUCAAGACACCGUCACUAAGUCUAGGACUGCUAACAAGCAGUUCACCAACUGUGACAACGAUAAGUCGUGGGGCACUCUUUGUGACUGGAUGAACGGUGGCCUUGUGAUGCCCGAGGCCUACCUUGGGCCUCUCUUCAAGUUCCAGGAGCCCGCGUGGUGUAGAGAGCACUAG